ACCGUCUGAGUGUGAGUUAAUUUUAAAGAUGCCUUGAGGGUUAAUUGCGUGAAACAUACAGUACCUCAUCCUGUCUAUGGUCACGAUAAGAGCUCCUAUCCAGCAGAGGGCGAUCUUAGCAAAAUAUAUGGCUGUACCGUAAAAAUGAGGCUUUCUGCGCAUUUAGACUUCAAUCAAUGGGCGGGGAUGAGAAGAGUUUAAUAAUAGCAAAAACAGUGGAAACACAACACUGAGAUCCAAUUUUAAACCUCGAUAAGUCGACGAAAGUGAUCUUUAUGGUAUAGUUGGUCGCAUUUAUUGUAUCCAUUACGCUUGGUCAGCCGACCAGCGGAGUGUUUGCUCGGUGUAGGUUGAAGUCUUUUCCCCGGCGGAUGAAUGGCAAUGACGGCAGUGAGAGCGGCGGCAGCAGCGGGCGGCCCGGCGUCUUUGUCCCGGUUUAGGGGAGCUCUGGUGGCGGCUGUGCUGGGAGAUUGUGUCGGCGGAGAGUUUGAGGGAGCGGAGGAGGUUCCCAUGGAGAGUGUCCUGCAGCAUCUGAGCAGCCUGGACGACGAAAGCAAAGGGAAUGGUAUCCUUGAGUACAGUGACGACACAGCCAUGGCACGCUGUGUGGUCCAAUCUCUCCUCACCCGUGCCGGCUAUGAUGAGCGGGACAUGGCUCGCAGGUUUGCUAAGGAGUACAGUGCGUCCCCAGGUCGUGGUUAUGGUUCCGGAGUGGUCCAGGUGUUGAAGAAGCUGUCCUCCCCUCAGCUCAGCGAUGUGUACCAGCCAGCCAGGGACCAGUUUAACGGUCGAGGCUCCUUUGGAAACGGAGGAGCCAUGAGGGCAGCCCCUUUCGCUCUGGCUUUUCCUGUUGCAGCUGAUGUUAAAAGGUUCGCCCGUCUGGGUGCCAUGCUCACUCACUCCUGCUCUCUGGGCUAUAAUGGAGCAGUGCUGCAGGCGUUAGCGGUGCACCUCUCCCUGCAGGGGGCGCUCGACCUGCCCCAGCAGUUUAUCAGCAGGCUAAUCACAGAGAUGGAGGAAGUGGAGGGUGAUGAAGCGACACGCAACGAUGCCAGAAUUCUAAAAGAAGCAGAGAAGCCAUUCUGUGAGCGUCUCCACAGAGUUAGAGACCUGAUGGACAGGAGCAAGGUCAGCAUAGAGGAGGUCAUUUCUGAACUGGGUAAUGGCAUUGCGGCGCUCCACUCAGUCCCCACUGCCAUCUUCUGCGUCCUCCACUGCCUACAGCCCCGAGAAUGCCUUCCAGAGAGCUACGGGGGCCUGGAGAGGACGAUAGCAUACAGUCUGGCCCUGGGAGGGGACACAGACACCAUAGCCUGCAUGGCGGGGGCCAUCGCUGGGGCACACUACGGCAUCGAGGCUAUUCCUCAGUCGUGGAUAAAGUGCUGCGAGGGGGCGGAGGAUGCAGACAUGAACGCAGAGCGACUUCACAUGCUGUACCACCAGUCAGCACAGGGAGGCGGCAGUGGGAAGGGGGAGCAGAAAACCUGUGAGGACGCAUCUGAGAGCAAGUCAAACGCUUCUAACGGCACAGAGAAGAAAACUGCAAAUGAGUGAUUCUUUAACUGGGGUUUGACAAAAGGACUCUUGUACACACACACACACACACACACACACACACACACACACACACACACAUACAGAUUACGCACACACAUACAGAUUACACAGUUACGCUUAAUAAAUACCUUUUUUGUUUUUGGACUGUGUUGGUUAACUUGUGAUUAAGGGCAGACUGUCUCAACGCCGCAAAAUUAUUUAACUUGUGUUUUAUUUGCUUGGUAACAGAAUACUGAAACCGAACAAACAAGAAAUAUUAAGCAUCACCAGACUGACUGGGUGACAUUUGGUCUGUGUAUGCAUACACACACACACACACACACGCUCCCUUUCUUCCUGCUCUUUCCUGUUUUGUGUUGAACAAUCUCUUGUCAUGUGAAAGUUGCACUAUGAAUUGGCCAUGUCUUGUUUUAUCCUUUCGUGGAGACCAAUUAUUUAAUAAACAUUUUUUUUAAAUUCA